CAAGCCACUUACGUAUCGCUACACAGCAUUGCAAAUGCAAACUCGCGGGGUAGCACCUUCAGCAAGGAAAAGCACUAGCAAUGCGUGGGCUCGCCUGCAUGCGUCCAACGCGUCGCUGAUAGCGAGAGCGCAGCAGUCAAGCACUGCAACAGCAGCGCCUCAAGCUCAGGAGGUGGCCAAGCCCGUCCUUCGUCCUGUGCCCACGGCCGGCGCUCCUCAGACGGGUCUGUCGGUGGAGCCCAGCCAGUACCCCCAGGUCCGUCGCGGCGAGGUGGUCGAGACGCUUCACGGCGUGCGGGUGGCGGACCCCUACCGCUGGCUGGAGGACCCGGACUCGGAGGACACACGCGAGUUCGUGGACGCGCAGAACGCCCUGACGGCCAGUGUGCUGGAGCAGUGUGACACGCGGGAGCAGUUCAGGCAGCUCUUCACGGAUGUGUUCGACUACCCCAAGUAUGGCGCCCCCUUUAAGGCCGGAGGCCGCUACUACUUCUACUACAACAGCGGCCUGCAGCCGCAGUCGGCCCUGUACAGCCAGGCCGGCCUGGUGCCCGACACCGCCGCGGGCGAGCCCCGGCUGUUCCUUGACCCCAGCGGCCUCAGCGCCGACGGCACCGUGGCGCUGAGCGGCCUGAGCUUCAGCGAGGAUGGCAGCCUUGCCGCCUACAGCCUGAGCAAGGGCGGCAGCGACUGGUGCACCAUCCAGGUGCUGCGCGUGGACCCCUCCGGCGCCCCGCCCACGCCGCUGGCCGACAAGCUGGAGUACGUCAAGUUCAGCAGCCUGGCCUGGACGCACGACCAGCGCGGCUUCUUCUACAACCGCUACCCCGACCCGGCCUCCCGCCCCGCCGACCUGGGCACGGAGACAGACAUCAACACGCACCAGCAGCUGUGCUACCACGCGCUGGGGACGCCGCAGUCGGAGGACGUGUUGGUGAUGCAGGUGCCUGACGAGCACCCCACCUGGAUGCUGGCAGCGCGUGUGACCCCAGACGGCAGGUUCCUGGUCAUCAGUGUGCACGCGGGGACCAUGCCCGCUAACCGCCUCUACCUGGUGGACAUGCAGGCCCUGGACAAGAAGGCGGACGGCGCGGUGGACUGGGCCAAGUAUGACCACCGGAACGGCUCCAAGAAGCUCCCCGUUGUGAAGCUGGUUGAUGACUUCAGCGCCUCCUUCAGUGUGGUGGCCAACGAGGGAACCACCUUCUACAUCAUGACAAACCUGGACGCGCCGAGAUACAGGCUGGUGAAGAUUCCGCACGUGACGUCCGCCGGCCCCGCCUCCAGCUGGCCUGACCACAUCGCACAGCACCCCAAGGACGUGCUGAGGGGCGCUCUGGCUCUCAAGGGCGAUGUGCUGGUGGUGCGCUACCUGCGUGACGUCGUGGCGGCGUUGCAGCUGCGGCAGCUGGGCUCGGGCGCCCUCACCAAGGAGCUGCCGCUGCCGGGCGUGGGCAGCGUGGGUGCCAUGAGCGGCGACCGCAAGGGCAGCGAGCUGUUCUUCUCAUUCACCAGCUUCACGGAGCCCGGCGCGCUCUACCGCAUCGACACCGCGCCCGGCAGCGCUCUGGAGCCGCAGCUGUUCCGGCGCACGGAGCUCAAGGUGCCGCACAGCGCGGACGACUACGUCACCAAGCAGGUGUUCGUGACCUCGGCCGACGGCACGCAGGUGCCCAUGUUCAUCACGCACCACAAGGACACCAAGCUGGACGGCUCGGCGCCAACGCUGCUGUACGGGUACGGCGGUUUCAAUGUGCCGCUGGAGCCGGGCUUCAGCCCUAACAGGCUCGCAUUCAUGCGCGGCUACGGCGGUGUGUUUGCUCAGGCCAACCUGCGCGGCGGCGGCGAGUACGGCACCGAAUGGCGCAACGCCGGCUCCACCCACAACAAGCAGAACGUGUUCGACGACUUCCAGGCGUGUGCCGAGUACCUGAUCCGCGAGCGCUACUGCUCGCCCGCCAAGCUGACCAUCCAGGGCGGCUCUAACGGCGGCCUGCUUGUGGCGGCGUGCGCCAACCAGCGACCCGACCUGUACGCGUGCGUGCUUGGGCAGGUGGGCGUGAUGGACAUGCUGCGGUUCCACAAGUUCACCAUCGGCCACGCCUGGAUGACGGACUACGGCAACCCCGACCGCGCCGCGGACUUCUCCUGGAUCUACCCCUACUCGCCGCUGCACAACGUGCGGGCGCCCGAGGGAGGGAGCCGCCAGUACCCGGCCAUCAUGCUGGCUACGGGCGACCACGACGACCGCGUGGUUCCGCUGCACACGCUCAAGCUGCUGGCCACGCUGCAGCACAACCUGGCCGCAGCCGACCCAGCCGCCUCGCCGCAGCGCAACCCGCUGCUGGCGCGGAUCGAGGUCAAGGCCGGGCACGGGGCGGGCAAGCCCACGCAAAAGGUCAUUGCGGAGGCAGCUGACCUGAUGGGCUUUGCGGCCAAGUGCAUGAACGCCAAAUGGGUGGACCGUGCGUAAGGCGACCUGUGCCGCGUGCGGCACCUACCAGGAGCAGCCGCGGGCUUGGCUGGCUCAGGCGAGCCCUCGUGGUGUAAGCGACAGGUAGCGGCCGGUAGCUAGUUGCAUCGUAAGAACAUGGUGGGCGGGCUUGGAUGCUAUGCCGAUCAGAUCCACAGGUCUGCCGGAGUAGUGCGCUGUACGCAGGAUGGCAUGCAUGCAGUCAGCUGUCGGACCAGGCUAGGCACAGGUCAGAACGGGCGGCGGUACGUACGCGGCAUACGCAUUGCUUGUGCUGCGAAGGUGAUUGGCAUGACGUAUUCAUAACCCCUCGAAAGCCUCGAAAGCACUACUACGUCAAGUGCGACUUGGCAAGUGCAUGGUGAUGGGCAGAAAGCCAGAAGCGUUUAGGUGUCGAAUAUCGGAUGCAUACUGACGUCUGCGGCCCAUCUUAUUUUCUCGAGUCUGCAAGGGAGAGCCACCUUUUCUUGUCUCGAGCGGGCUGGGUGAAAUGUUUGUCCCGAAUGUAUGGGUGAUUCCCGCUGCAAGCGUGCGCUGCAAGGGAGACACAAAUAUCUUCAAGCCGAGGGUGUGGCUGCUGGUGUUAGGCACACAUGGGGCAGCACGCCUGCGCCUACGGGUCGUGUGUGUCGUUGUAGGCUGCUGGCUGGUCAGGCUGGCAGGGUGCCAGGCAGGAGCGGCGGCGUACCCGGCCGCGGCUGGAGCAAGGUGACGGGAGGUGACGUGCGAAUACUGCCUACCUAGCGCUGUGGCGUGGUAUAAAAUGUGGGCUUGUGCUCGGGUAGGUACUGACGAUCUGGCAACUGAAACCUGUGCUGGUUGAGGGCAAUGCAUGGGCACUUCGAACCACUGUUGUGCCCACACGCUGCUCUCUCACGCUGCUACUGGACCCGAGGCCGGGAGGCCGUGACCCAACAACCGCACACCGUGACUGAGCACCACAGAGGCGGCACUGGAUGCGCGUGUAUCAGCAUGAGUGAUGUCAAAGUUACAAUUUCAAUUAGGCCGUGGCGUUGUGUCUCCAGGACUGGCUCUGCUGAGGGCUGAAUUGGGCACUGUUUGCUGGCACAGCAGGCGACGUGGUAUGUGCCGAACCGACCAUUCGCCAACAAGUAGCAUGCCCGUCUGAACACAUGUUGUCAAACCUCAAUGUGCGUGUGCAUGUGUGUGGGACGGAACUGACGGACGUGACGUGCAGUUGGGCCGUCAACCUAGCCGCGGUGCUCACAAGCGUGCGUGCAUGUCCAAUGGGCACCGGACUUGCAGCUAGUAUGCAGGCUUUAGGCAGGCACACAGGCCAGGCCGUGUCAUACGGUAUGCAACACACGCGCGCACGCAAUGCAACCGCCGCCUCAAACUGGUCAAACCUCAACAACCAAGAGAA